AUGACAGCAGCAGGGGUAGCUGCAGCGGAGCUGGCUCGAGUGGAUGCGAGCUGUGCCACAUUCAUUCUCGUGCACAGCUGCCUCGGCAUGCUCACCAUCGCGCUGUGCGGCAAUGAGGAGCAGAAGCAGAGGGAUCUGCCACAGCUGGCUGAGCUCAAGAAGAUCGCCUGCUGGGGCUUGACAGAGCCCGACUAUGGCAGUGAUGCCAGCGCACUCACCACCACGGCACGCAAGGUGCAGGGCGGAUGGGUGCUCAACGGUUUCAAGCGGUGGAUCGGCAACAGCACCUUCGCUGACGUCAUCAUCAUAUUUGCCCGCAACACAUCGACCAAUCAGGUCAACGGUUUCAUCGUCCGCAAGGGUGCAGAGGGGUACAGUGCGGUGAAGAUGGAGAACAAGAUCGGGCUGCGGAUAGUGCAGAACGGAGACAUCACUCUCAAGGACGUUUUUGUGCCGGACUGUGACCGCCUGCCAGGAGUGAAUUCCUUCCAGGACACCAACAAGGUGCUAGCAGUGUCACGGGUGAUGGUAUCCUGGCUCCCUGUCGGCAUGUGCAUGGGCAUAUACGACAUCUGCCUGCGCUACCUGCAGCAGCGCUCGCAGUUCUCCGCCCCGCUCGCCUCCUUCCAGCUGUGCCAGGAGAAGCUGGUGCGCAUCCUGGGCAACGUGCAGGCCAUGUCGCUGCUCGCAUGGCGGCUAUCCCAGCUGUACGACCAGGGGAGGAUGACGGCCGGGCAUGCGAGUAUGGCCAAAGCAUGGAUUACUCUGCGAGCACGUGAAACGGCGGCUUUAGGCAGGGAACUGCUGGGUGGAAACGGCAUCCUGGCAGAAUUUCUAGUGGCCAAGCACUUUUGCGAUUUGGAGCCAAUCUACACGUAUGAGGGCACGUACGACGUGAAUGCUCUUGUGACGGGGCGGGAGGUGACAGGGAUUGCAAGCAUCAAGGCGCCUCCUGCUCGCAAGGCCAAGGACAAUGGCAAGGGCAUGCUGUGA